UGUGGUGGCAGCUGAGAGAAAGAAUUACUGUCUAGUCCACCUCCAUGACCAUGGUUUCAACCUCUAGGGCCUUCACGUUCAAAUGCUGUCCAUCUCUCGCAUUUUCCACCAAAAUCCACAUGGAAAACAAACCCAGAACCCUUCAAAACCCCUUCAUCGUCUCUGCUUCUCGCUCGCCUCCUCGGGAAGCUUCCCUAUCUGCCUCUGCUGAUGGGUCGAUUACGUUGCAGGAAUGGCAGGCUUGGGGAACCUCGUCUCCUCUACCUUCCGUGGUUUCAAGAAUCGUUGAGGAUUUGAAGGAUUUGGAGAGAGAUUCUAAUUCCCAGAUGAGCUUUGGUGGUAAUGGUGGCAAAUUACAGGGGGAAUUUAAAAUUCAAGAGGACAAAAAGCACCGUGCAAUGUACCAGGCUUUAGGUGAUUCUGAACAAAAGCUACAAUUUUUCUCAGCUCGACAAAUAGCGUGCCGCUUGCUUGGAAGUAGGGGUUACCUAUGUCAAAAGUGCUGGCUUCCUUUGGAAGAUUGCAUAUGCUUAAGAGUCAUACCGUCUAAACUUUGGCAUGGAAUGAGGUUCUGGUUGUAUAUGCAUCCAAAGGAUUUCUUACGACAGAACAACACAGGAAAAUUGUUGUGGCAAGUAUUUGGCAUUAAGGCUGCAAAUUUAUGUCUCUUUGGCAUUCCUGAGCAUGAGGAAAUCAUGUGGAAUGCAUUCAAGCUUGCAGGUAAGAGCAAGGUUUGGUGCCUUUAUCCAAACAAGAAUGCGGUUCCUAAAUCAGUUCAAGAUGCCUUUGGUCAAGGAUCUUCAAAAAAAUUGGAACAGACUGAAACUAUGACAAAUGACAGUGAGACUUUGAAUUUUGUUUUGAUUGAUGGGACAUGGAGCAAUUCUGCUGCGAUGUUCAGGCGGCUGAAGGAGCAAGCCAAGUCAGUUUGGGGUGAGGAAGACUUUUCAUGUAUAUCCCUGGCCACUGGUGCUUCUGCCAUGCAUAAACUUCGGGCAGGCCCCAGCCAUCAUGGGAUCGUACCUGUACAGCUGCAGCAGCUAUUGGCCUCCUAUCUGAGAUGCAUCUUCUUCCCAAGUUUAACUCCAACAGACUGGAUCAACAGGCUGAAGCAGUAGAAGACGCUGUAGUUGUGCUGUUAGAAGCUCUCACUACUCGACGACUUAGGAUGGGCAGAUCAAUUACCCGCAAAGUACGACAUGCAAUUGACAUCUGUUAAAGGGCUGCCAAUAAUAAGUUUUAGUGAUAAGCUUGGUAGCAUGAGGAAUAAUUUUCAAAAUGCCGAGGUAAUUUUCCAAUGCAACCCUGGAAAAACUUAUUUAGGAAAUGGUGAUCUGAGAUUUUCUCCCACCACUGUAUAUUGUUUGUCUCAACUGCUUCCUUCAUCUAUUUACUCUACAGGAGACUGGAUUGCAUGGAUAUAUAAGUCUUCAUUACGAUCUUAGUUAAUUGGCAUUAGAAUCAGUAUGGACCACAAGAUCCAUAUUGUAUUGUGAUUGACUUCUGCUCUUUGCCGCCAUUUUUCUUUACCUUAUUAUAUACUCUGGAUUGGUUUUUCAGGUAAUCCAAUCCACCUCCUUAAACAUUUCUACAAAUGCGAUUUUGUUUUAGGUUUACAUAAACUGUUUUGGUAUUGAUGGGAACAAAAACUGGCAUGUUGAGCAUCAAAAUUCUUGUACAAAUCAGUAAACAACUUAUCACUGACUCUGUGUUGGCUCCAAUUUUCACUGCUAAGGACCACAUUUUUCAUUACAGCAAUUUACUUGUAAUAUGUUUGUCGUUUUAUGCUAA